GGUGAUUCUUUGAGACGUAAAACAAUCGCAGGAUGUAGAAAUGAUUUUUAAAGAAGAACAUAUGUUUUCACAAUAGCUAAAUACGUCUUAAUUUCAUUUAGUUUAGUGAAAUAUGAAAAUUUGAAAUAUGACAAUAAGAAUUAUAUGUAUUUUAUUUUUCGGAGAAAUGCAAAAAGUGGAUAUAACACUUGUGCACGGAAAAAUGACCUAACAGUAUUCUGCAAAUAGUGUUGCAAUGGAUGGCACCUACUUCAUAUGACUGUAAGAUUCAUUCCAAACAACUGAUUGGAAACAAUGGAGAAGGGGAACAUGACGUCAAAUUUGACGUCACGAGUCAAUUUAACCGAGGACUUAAUUGUAUACAACGGUCCACUCGUUGACGAAGCAAGACGGGAACUUAUGGAUAUUUAUAUGUAUCCAUUUCUAUUUGUGAUAUUGUUUAUGAUCAUUGGAUUCGUGGGAAAUUCAAUCGUUAUAUAUAUUUUCACAGUUAAAUGGAAAUUAACAAAAACAACAAUAUUUAUUCUCACCCUGGCGGGAGUUGAUCUUAUGUCAUGUGUUAUAAAUAUGCCGACGGAGGCGGCCAUAUUGUGGAACCCUAUGAAUUUUGAUUAUGACAUCGUUUGUAAAAUCUCGCGAUUCACAACAUUUAUAGCAUCUGCUUCUUCAUCGUUCGUCUUAAUUGCUAUUUCAAUUGACAGGUAUUUAAUGGUUUGUCGGCCAUUUCUUGGAAGGGAAUUAGGUGUGAGGUAUGCUAAAAGGACGUGUCUAGUAGCCGUUCUCCUGGGUAUAAUAUCAACAUGGCCGUCACUUAUAUUCUACGGAACCUAUACAUACCAAGUCGAGAAAACAGACAGUGAGACGGGAAAAGUGAUGAAAAUAGAAAGUAAGACGUGUCUGAUAUCAAAUUUCUAUGUCGAGCAUUACAAAUUACCCGCAGGAUUUUAUUUCUUCUUGUUUGGUGGACACAUCAUUAUGUUUGUUAUUUUGACCAUGGUUUAUUUACUCAUUGGACGCAGUUUAUUUAUGUCAACAAGUACAGAUGUAUCUGAUGAAAAAAGACACAGCCUGAAAUAUUUCGGUAUAAGCAUGAUGUCUGCAUUUACCGGCACCGUGCCAAAUAGUCCGGCUGAUAACCGUGAUCGAAUGAGCUGGAGCAGCAGAGGUUCUCGUGCGGUUUCGCUUGAAAAUAUUAACCGCAUAGACCAAAGUCCCUUCAACAAUCUUGCAAGGCAACAAGCAAGAAAAAGUAAUGAAACGACAGUAAGCAUUGUGUUAAACGACUUUGAAAAGGGAAAUAAAGAGCAAGCAUGUUCAAAAAAGGAGGAAGAAUUAGAAUCAAAUAUUGGAAAGAGAUCUCAAGGUAACUUGAUGAAAGAUAACAUUUGCAACACACAAAGUAGUUCGCUUAAUUUAGAUAACAUUUGUAGUGUUUCGAAUGCCGAAUGUGACAAACUUGAUAUAACACGCAACAAUCUUUGUGUUCAACAAGCGACAUCGGAUGAUAGCGCAAGUGACACUUCAUGUAAUUCGCCUGUAAAGAAGCCAAACGCUAAACUACUAUAUUUAAACAUUAAUAAAAGAGAUAAAAAUAGAACAAAAAAUGGCCCCUUGUCAUCAGGAUCAGGAACAAGCACAAACUGCUUAACCCCAAUGACACCGAUGACUCCAAUGUCUCCUUUCACUCCAGAUAGUGUUAGAGGGAUUCUUUAUCGCAGUCAAAGCAUUGAAAGUAGGGCAAGAUUGAACCGCAUUAUCUCGGAUGAACUAAGACAUGCCGAAGUAAAAGAAUUCAGCCUGCGUAGAAAUACAUUAAUCAUGCGGAUGGUUACAAUAGCUUUUGUUGUGAGUUUUCUCCCUUACCUAGUGAUUGUCACUCUGAGGUAUUCCAAUCCUGAUAUACCAACAAAAUUAAGUAAGAUGGAACAAAUAUUGUAUCAUGUGUUUUUGAGGACAUAUUUUGUAAAUUCAAUGAUAAAUCCUUUCAUCUAUGGGUUCAUGAACAUAGAAUUUCGAGCGAAAAUAAAGGAAAUAUUUUGCAAAUUUUGUACUAGAAACAAUAUAUGUGUUUGAUAAAAAAAAUCUAUCAAAGGAAACAAAUAUGAAAUGCUCGUAGAACAUAGAGUGAAUCUCGUGACAACCAUAUGAGAUCUCGUUUACCCUUAAAGACGCUUUCUGUGAUAUUUAUAUUUACCUAAUAUGCUUCUAAGCGUUUGAUAUAUUGAUCGCAGUGAUACGUUAUUCACGAAAAACCAGCUAGUUUCGAUUCUGUUUAUUUUUUUUUUUUGGUUUGAUGCAUAGAUGGAUCACAAAGUAAUGAUCGCUAUUUAAGAAUCCGUAAUACUUCGCACUCGUAACAAGAGAACACUUUUGAUCAUCUGUUGAAAUUGGAUUAAGUCACACAAAAAUAAGUUUAACACUAUCAAAAUCAAACAAUAGAUAUCCACCAAUUAACUGAUUACUGUAAUAAUAGGAACAUGAGGAACUUUUUAAUGUAUUUAUAUAUUUGUCAUUGAGUGUACCUAUGGUCGACAGGUUCCCAAAUUAAAUAGGUGGUAGGGCUAUGGGUUGUUAUCGUGAACAGACCUAGACCAAUUUAGGGACAUCGGACAUGUAAUGAAUCAUGUUGUAAACAGGUAUAUUUAGAGAAUUAAUUAAUACUAAUCUGUUGGCACAUCGAUAAAUAUAAAGUAAAGUCAUCCAAUGCCAAUCUUUUACUAAAAUAUUUAUUUUAUCUUUAGAUAUUUACUUCAGAUGUAAAGAAAAUCCUCACAAGAUGGCUUUAACUUUACUGUAUAACUUUAUUGCGUAUGUAGAGCUUCCAUCCAUAUUUGAAUGUCAUGUAAUAACAGUCGAAUGAU